UUCAAUUCAAUCCAUUGCAUUAUCUUACACUUCCAGUAUCCAUCAAUGGUGGAGCUUAGAGUAUUAUCUGCUUUUUCAAUCUUUUUUCUGUCAUGUUUCUGCUUUGCAGCUGCUGAAGAUGUGCAGGUUACUGUCAAAGGACUCACCUCCGUAGCUAAAACAGAUGAUACUUUCAUUUGCGCAACUUUGGAUUGGUGGCCAAGUACUAAAUGUGACUAUGGACAGUGCCCAUGGGGCCAAUCUGGAGUUCUAAAUUUGGAUUUGGAGAAUAAGAUUUUAGCUAAUGCUAUCAAGGCAUUUGGUCAUAUGAGAAUUAGGGUUGGAGGGUCACUGCAAGAUCAAGUUGUUUAUCAAGUUGGAGAUUCUAUCAAGAAAUUCCCUCACUUUAAAAGAGAUGAUAAAGGCUUGUUUGGAUUUACUAGAGGAUCUCUUCCUAUGGAUAGAUGGGAUCAACUUAAUAAUCUCUUCAACCAAACAGGGGCUAAAGUUACAUUUGGUUUGAAUGCUCUAAUUGGGAAGCACAAGUCUAAUGACUCAAUCCUAUGGGUAGGCGAAUGGAACUCCAGAAAUGCUUAUGAUCUUAUGAAAUAUACUAUUUCCAAGGGCCAUAAGAUUGAUUCUUAUGAAUUGGGAAAUGAAUUGUGCGCAUCAGGAGUAUCUGCAAGACUGGAUGCUGUUCAAUAUGGCAAAGAUCUCAUUACACUGAAAAAAUUAGUAGAUGAAUUGUACCCAGAUCCUGAAACAAGACCAGCAGUGUUAGGCCCUGCUGGUUUUUAUGAUGAGAAAUGGUUUAAUACCUUUUUUCAGGUCACUGGACCAAAUGUUGCUCAGGCAAUAACCCACCAUAUAUACAACCUUGGUCCAGGUGUGGAUGAAAACCUGAUUCAUAAGGUUCAAGAUCCAUAUUUCUUGGACCAAAUAGCACAGACAUACAGAGAUCUUUCAAUCAGCAUCAAGGAAAAUGCUCCAUGGGCAGGACCUUGGGUUGGGGAAUCUGGUGGUGCUUAUAACAGUGGAGGGAAGGAUGUCUCACAUACCUUUGCUGAUGGAUUUUGGUACUUGGAUCAACUUGGCAUGACAGCAACAUUCAACCACAAGGUUUUCUGCAGACAAGCCCUUAUUGGUGGAAAUUAUGGCCUCCUUAAUACCACAUCAUUCAUACCAAAUCCUGAUUAUUAUGGUGCACUUCUAUGGCAUCGUCUGAUGGGCAAAGAAGUGCUAGUUACCACUCACAAUACUACUCCCUAUUUGCGAGCAUAUUCCCAUUGUUCUAGGCACAAGCCUGGGAUUGCUCUACUUCUAAUUAACAUGUCAAACCAAACAACCUUCAGUGUUUCUGUUUUGAAUGAUAAUGCUCCUUAUCCAAGAAAUUACAAGUUGAAGAGUUAUUCUUAUGGAGGAUCAGAGAAAAGGGAAGAGUACCAUUUGACUCCUGAAGAUGGAAAUAUUCAGAGUGAUGUAGUGCUACUGAAUGGAACUCCAUUGAAGCUUACAAGUUCAUUAGAAAUUCCUGAAAUGAAACCCAAGUAUGUCGAUCCUUCAACUCCGAUCACCGUUGCUCCUGAUUCCUUUGUUUAUGUUACCAUUAAAGAUUUCAAGGCUCCUGCUUGUGCUUAGCUUAGCCGUAGAGAACCUGCUUGUGCUUAGCUUAGCCGUAGAGAAACAGUCUGGAUUUCCCUUCUUUUGUUUUUUGAGGUUUUGGACUUUUAGUCUCAAUGAGCUAUAAAGGAUUUUAAUUUUUAGUUUCAA